UCAUGUAUGGGGUUGAAAAUAGAUAGAUUUGAUAGCCUGAAAUGUGGAGAAAAUGAAGAAAUUAUGAUAUAGAAAAUGGUUUGAGAAAGGAGGUUUUCAAAGCAUAUGUAAUGAUAUUUGAUUCUGGUGUAUUUGAUGUGAAUUUAGUAUUUUUGGAGUGAUUAAUGACGUUUGUUGAUGUUUAAGGGAAAUUUCCAGAGUAGUUUAAUUAGUUUUAAGGGUGUCUUAAAUUUGAAAUUUUGGUGGAGGUGCUGAGCUGUAUCAGAUCUGUGUGAUGUGUUAUUUUGUUUUCUAAUUAUUAAUGGAGUGGUGGUAUAUAUAUGCAGAUGCACUACUUCUUUCCUCUCCUCGUAAUUAUUUGAGCAUAGGUUCGAGAUAUAAACCAAAAGGAGCAAAAUGUGGCAGGAUGACCAUGGUUUAAUUUAUUAAUUUUCAGACUUUUCUAAUUUUAUACCCACAAAAGAGAUUGGCAAGGAUUAGGUUUUAUCCAAUAUUCCUCUAGC